AUGGACAAGAGAGACUACAUCGACGUCGACGGCGAACACGACGCGGUGCGCCCGCCCAAACGCGCCCGCCACACUCCCGCGCCGGAUCCCUCUGCUCCCUCUACCUCGUACAAACCGCAGAAUGGAAACGGAUAUGCGGCGACACUUCCGCCGCUUUCGCAAUCUAUCCUAGGCGCGGAACCUCUCGACGAAUUUAUCCGCGAGGUCGCAGACUUCGUCCACGCCAUGAUCAAUUCCCGUCCGGAGGGAGCGGGCACCGUCGAAGUUGAGGCAAAGGUAGGCGUGUUGAGGGAUAAGGUGUCCGGCCAUCGUCUGCAGCUACCCGUUCUCGUCGAGACGAUCUUGCUGCCAAACUCCUUCGAAUAUCGUUUCGAGUCGAACAUGUCUGCGAUGCAGCAUAAACACUUCAAUACCCUUCUCAACGAUCUAAUGCUAUCGUCGAAGACGUCUUCAGCGCCAACGCCGUCCCCACUCACCUACACCCACCUCCGCCUUGUCGAUUCAUUCUACCAGGCCGACGGCCACGACCGCAUCCGCAUGACGCGUGACGAGAAGACGGGCGAGAUACACGCAUGCGUGCGCAAGGUGCGGCUAGGCGAUCUGGACAUUUACAGCCCGAAGCGUGCUUCAGACUGGCGUAUCAGCGUGAACGUGGAGAUACCGGUUCCUCCCCCGGUAGGAUCGGCGACACAUACCCGUCGGAAGGAUCGCAUGAGCUACACUCACGAAGAAUGCAUUAUCGACCUCACCCAAGUAACGUCGUCGUCUGCCGGACUAUCGUCCAAGCCCGAAGUCUUACACGAGCUCGAGGUUGAGAUCGCACGCCCGACGUACCUCCUGGCGACGUCUGCAAAGCGCGGCGAUCCUUCCGCAUCAGAAGCCGAGCGCAGUGCUUUCGACGAACUCAUUCGAGUGUUUGUCAACAACGCUAGGGUGUUAGCAAUAAUCCAGGGUCUUGCAAUUGCUGUACUAUUAGUACAAGUGUCGUUGAAGAUCCCUGCCGACGGUGCAUUAUUCCGGCGGCCUGCCUUCAACGCGUACCCGUUUUCUACCUGCACUAAAACCAACCCCUUGAAAACCGUUUUUACGGACCUUGCCUUCUGCUCUUCUUCUCCAAUCAAUGACCUCCAGGUGAAUCGAUGCCACACGAAAGGCGUCGUACUAGAUGUGGUCGCUGUCUCGCUCACCCGGUUCGGUGCGCUUGAAUCAUCUCCCAAUCUUCCAAUCCUCUCCUCCCCAUUGCUACUUUACUUGAUUCACGGCAGUACUACCUCAUUGCAAAGAUUCUUUGGUGGAACCCGUCAUUGCAUGUCAUGCUACGCUCAAACUGAAGCCAACUGCGGCGCGCGCAUGCAGCACAUUCUCAUGCCUAUUGACUUUGACAUCUAUUGGCGCAUCAUUGGGAAGACAAAGGUCGUCACCCAGUCGCCAUGUUGGUGCCAGUUGCAUAUCCGAAGUCCUGGCAGUGUUCGCCGCCCGAGUCUAUCCUUUUUGUCUAUUCUAAGUCUGUUCUGGUAUAACGUGGAGACAGAUUAG